UCCGAUGUGUGUGGAUGUGCGGUGGGUGUGCUAGUUGCGUUUGACUGGGCACGCCACUCUCAGUGGAUGGGAUGAUAAAAGUGAGAGUGGGACAAACCAACGAAUAUCGGGAUAACGACUGAUCGAAAAUAGUCUAUUUUCUGUAUCUAUUCUUACAUUUCGAAUCGAGUGUUGCAACCGAAGAAAUGUGACCGUUUCUGUGCGAAAAGGCAACUACGACCCGAAGUUAAUUAUAGUUAAUAAUUGAAUUAAGAUACAUUUAAUUCUAAUUUCAUCUGCAAUCGAGCUUAACAAUGUUGUACAAUAAGAGUGAAGGCGUCGUAAUGUUGCUGGUAGUGGCUUUGUUUUUGUUAAUGAGUCGAGUUCGGCACGUCAGCGGACAAGACCGAAAAGUCGGAGUUGCGGAACCUAACCUAGACGCGCUACGAGGACUCGAUCUUGCCUCCAUAGCUGGCCUGCAAGAAGCGCUAGCAGGGGGCGGAGGAGGUUCAGGGGUUGACGUUUCGUCCAUCCUGGCGGGAAGUCGCUCUGACAGAGACCUUGCACGAGCUAUUUGCGGCAGCGGGGGCAGCGGCGGAAGCUCAGAUUCGCUGACGAACCUUCUAGUGUACCAGUACCUGAUGGGGUCCUUGCCUGAGCGAGGUGCUCCUGCCGACAGCUCAUCCCAUGGUCGGUCGACAUCGUCGGCAGCAGCUCUACAGGCGCUGCUUGGCGAUCGAAUCGAAGGUCCCCUGGUCUCUACCCGCACGACGGUGUCCACAUCGCUGACGACGACCACCGUCUUGAUCGAGCCCACGACGCGCUUCCUGACGUCGUCGUCGACCUACACGACAACCGUCACCAACAUCGACACCAAAGUCAUACCUGUCAUCUUUAGAGGGUCUAAAGUGACAACUACAUUCACGGAAUCCACCACUGAGGUGAUCGUAGCGACGGAGUUCAUGACGAGCUCAACAGUGGACUCUCCGACCAUCCUUCAGACCCUGCCCGUGCAUAUCACAUUAACAGCGACAAGCACCCGCGGCCUCGAUGGACACUUCACCCUGGCCGAUCUGGUGCCUGGCGCAUCCUCCGUCGUCCAGCAGCCCAUCGCUACUUCAACUGUGGACCUCGACGCCUCAGGAGUUCUUCCGUCCAAUUUAGACCUGAAUAAUAUUGAUCUCUCCCAGUAUGACUUGAGCAGCUUAACUUCGGUAUUUGGGGGAUCGGACCAGAAGCAAAUGGUCAACGCACUUGCAGCCUUGUUGGAGCAGUACGGAAAUGAACCUCCUAAGCAAAUUUCUGCAAAAAUUACUUCCAGUGUUAGGCAAAGAAAUGGCAGCGGGACGGGCAGGAAACAAGACUCAAAAAGAAUUCCAGAUUUCAAUCAUGACUUGUUUGUAGAUCCCGAUGAACCUCCGAAGUUUAACGUAAUCAAAGGUUUUACGUUGAGCGAUCGUGCUCCUGCCAACUCGGGCCCUCCUCGUGGUUCUGGAGGGGGAAGCGCGGCCACGGCAACUCGUUAUAGCAAAUAUCACAAAAAACCUGAUCCUGAAAAUAAUGGCGUCGCAUCUCAAUCCGGUAAUGCCGAUCGAGAGUCUGAACGAUACUCUGCAUCGGAAUCUACGGGCAGGAAAGUUGAUCCAAGGCCUCAGCGUCGACCAAACACUGAGAAGGAAAGCACCGCAUUUGAUAGAUUUAGAUCAACUAGCGUGCGAAACAGUCGUGGAAUCGAAUCGCAAAAUAAUUUCGGUUCCGAAGUCGGAGAUUCUGAUGUAAAACUAGGAUCGCAAAAGACUAAUAACGAAGAAGAAAUACGGAAAGCCGCUAACCGCAUCGGAACGCUGAAAAGAUUCACUAGCAGAGGCAGACCUAACACAAGUCUUGAAAAAGUGGUCGCAGCCCAACCUGACAAAAAUCUGCAAACGACUGUACUGACGAUGUUUGUUUCCGGUACUGCCCCGGGAGACUUUAAAAAGACCGAACGUACAAUCACCUUGCGAUCAUUCCAACCAUCAUCUAGGGUUAAACGAGAUGUUUCCCAGACCACCACAGCCUUGCCGGAACACAACCCUCAAAAUGUUGGCAACCAUGUCGAUGUGUCGUCACCUUUAGCCGAGGGUUAUAAGUCGGCUGAGAAACUCGCACCAGAAGAAAUCGUAAAAUUCCUCAAAACUUUAGACAAAGAUGCCGUUGAAGAUAUGAUGCGAUCUUUGAAGAAAUGGGUCCAUUAUUACUCUUCACAGUUAAUACAAAGUGAAAGCAGCAAUAAUGAUCGUAAUUCAAAGAUCCCUUUGAACGAAGCUCCACUUUUGAGUUCAUCUUUAACUUUAGACCCCGAAGCUUGGCAUUCGGGGACCGCAGCUUUGUCGGCUGCCCGAUCCACUUUAUCGACUGAAGCGCCUUCAUGUCCUUCUCCCGUCACAGUCACGAAAAUAGUGUAUCAUACAGUUACUCUCACACCUUAGCAUUAAAUCCCUCUUCCUGUUACCAAAGUCAAAAGCUGCAUGAUGGCAAUGAGAACAAACCAUAGGUCGGCGUUAAUGCCCAAAAAAUUUUUUAAUAUAAUCCGUGACCUCAAGAGAUGAGAUAUCGCUCGGCCGGUAUUGUAACACUAGACUGUGGAUGUACGUUGUUGUUGCAUUACUUUUAUGAUGAAAAUUAAAUCUGAAAGUGGAAUGAUGAUGGUUUGUAAUCAUGUUGCAGCUUUUAUGUUCUAUAGUAUUCGAAUGUGUGCACUGUAAUGACUAUGCGUACCCGUUUUUAUGUUGUUUACGAGUACUCAAAGCGUUCAUUGUCUUCUCAGUCAGCAUCAUUUUAUUCAUUGUCAACUCCAAGACGAGUCCCCAUUAAGCACAACGUAUUUCUUCGUUAAGAAAUAUCAUUGGUUAUUGAAACAAAUUUCUUGAAAUUAACCUUCGAUUAUAAAGCCAGACCUAAUUUGAAAACGUUCAAAAUAUUACUCGUAUAUGAAAAUUGGUGUAAUUUGUGUGCAUUUGACUCAUGUUUCUCCGGCAGUGAGUGAUGAACUUGAUUUUAUCUGCUGGGAAGGAUAACGUGAAAUCUUUCAAUUUUGAAUCAACACUGUAAAUAAGUUAUUUUAUGUAAAUAAUUCAACAGAAAGAUGUUGCUAUUUUGCAUUAAAAAUGUAGAAGUAUUCGAGGAAAAUAACGCAUCAGCGCCUUGCUUCUAAGUUUCACGGCCUUCGAUGAAUGAAACUAAAUAAGACUGAGCAGCUGAAUAUAGGCCAAGAUUUUGAUGACACAUCGUUUCAUCCGGUGGGCAUCUUGACACGGGUCUUCAUGAAGAAAUUUCAUUCUCGCUUUCGUGAACCAUUAAACUGUUCACCAGCGCAAAGGUAAACAUGUAACUUAUUCUUCUGAAUUUUGUUCCGGGAAGAUGCGUUGUGCACUUUUAUUUCGAAUAAACGACACUUUCAAGUGUAUUUCUAAGGGGUUUACUGCGGCACGCAUGUUAACAUGUUACUCAAAUAUUGGUCAUGCUGCAGGUUCUAAUGUCAAAAAAUGAUUGGGAUAAUCUGCCCGAUAAAUUUGAUAUUGAUUCGAGGUUUGUACUAUGUAGAUAUUUUAAAUAUUGCGUUGUUCUAAGCCAAAGCUUUCUUGUAAUCUGAACAAUCGAUGGCAAAUUGACAGACAACCCCACUGACCGACGCAGUUCUUGGAACACCGUGAACGUUGCAAAGGCGGACUUAUUUGGAAUUGUUUAGUUGCAAUUCACUUAUUUGUAUUUGGACAAAGUCUGAGACUUUUUCAAAUUAGCGAUGAAUCGUUUCAUUAAACUCAUUAUAACAAUGUGACAAGUUCAAAUCAACUUGAGUCUUCCAGCAAACGCACGUAAGAUCAACCGCUAAAGCUGGCGUGGGCCCACAGUCACCAUAAUGAUGGAUUUGGAACCCCCCCCCCACCAGUGAUGAAUAAAAUACUAUGUAUUAUUGUGAAAUAAACCUUUUUUUGUUAAUAGAUUUCCUACACUAAUAGUGUUACAUUUUUUUCUCGUUUCAAAACAUUGGAAUUGGAAGCCAACGUUAAAUUUAUCAUAUUUCCAUUUGUCGAUAAGAGGACUUGGAUAAAAUUCGACGUCACAUUGUUGCGCUUAUUCGUUGGUAAGUCAAGUGUGUACACUUCCGAGUGCUUUAUGUGAAUCCAUUUUUACUUGAUUAUUGUUUUCAUCUUCAGCGAAUGUCUAAAUGGAGAAUUUUUUGCGAUUUUAUCGCACCCCGAAAUAAUGACAGGGCGUGAAAAGCACCAGCAACGCACGCUUUUUUAUAAAUAAAUAAUAACUAAAGCACGUCAUGAUAUUUUUUCGUCCUGUUUGUGCCAUGUGUUUCGGAAGCUCUCUAAAUUCAAAUUUCAACGCAGGUACAUCAAUCGAAUACAAUAAAUUCAAUUCUUCCGUGUCCCCUGUGUUCGAUGUAAUACUUUGGUACUUGAAUUAUACGUGGGGAAUUUUGCACUCUCAGCUCACAUUUGUUGGUCGAGCGACAAAAUAUCAUGCGAAGCUUGUCCCUCCGCUAGACUUGACUGAACGAGCAACAAAGGAAGUCAAUUGCGCUAAGCUGACCUGUGUGAAGCGCGUGUGACCUGUGGUGCUAUUGAUCACUGCCUGUUGUCCUGUUUCAUGUUCACACACAUCGACAUAAGCGCAGUUUAAUGCAUGUUUGCUGAUGAUUGUUAGAUACUGUAAGACCUUGGUCUCAUUCUCGGUACAAGAAGGGUCAGCUAUAUACCUUUGUUUGUGUAAGCUCUACAAAGCACUGUUGCGUGCGGACGAGUGAUACGCGGCCACUUGUUUGCACUUUCAGGGUAAUUCCUACACUUGUCGAAAGCCGAUUCCUACUAAUUUUGCCAAUUUCAACAAAUGCGGUGUAUUUUAUUGCUUGGUGUGUGUAUAAAAUACCAUUAAAGUACUAAAAAAUUUAUUAAUUGUACUUAUACUUGCUUACCAACAAGA